CUUCAGCCUCCUAAGAAACCCAAAAUGGCCGCCGCAACUACUUUCUUCUUCCUCCAUCUUGUAUUCUUCUCCUUCUCCUCAGCCGAUGACGCCGACGUCAUGUCGAAUCUCCGCUCCUUAUUGUCCCCCACCCCAUCGGGCUGGUCAUCUACCGCACACUUCUGUGACUGGACCAAUGUCAACUGCGAUACCACCAAGUCUUUCGUCACUUCCAUUAAUCUUAUUUCAAAAUCCCUCUCAGGCACCCUCCCUUCUGAACUCAAUCAACUUUCUCAGCUCAAAUCUAUCUCCCUCCAAAGAAACUCACUUUCUGGGACAUUACCUUCAUUUUCUAAUAUGUCUUCUCUUGAAGAAAUCCAUCUAGAUAGCAACAAUUUCGAUUCAAUCCCGUCAAAUUUCCUUAUGGGCCUUACAAAUCUUCAGUAUUUCACGCUAAAUGACAAUAAAAAUCUCCGCCCAUGGGAGAUCCCAGUUCAUUUGACUGACAGUACAAAACUUGUCUGGUUUUAUGCUAGUAAUGCUAGCCUCACUGGCGUGAUCCCUGAUUUUUUCUCUGCAUUUUCAAAUUUUCAAAGCUUGAGAUUAUCUUACAAUAAUUUGACUGGAUCUUUGCCGGCAUCUUUUGGUGGAUCGGAUAUACAGAAUCUUUGGCUAAAUGAUCAGAAUCUGGGAUUGUCUGGAACUAUUGAUGUUUUAUCUUCUAUGACUCAGUUGUCACAGGUUUGGUUACAUGAUAAUGCAUUUACCGGUCGGAUCCCGGAUUUGUCGAAGUGUACAAAUCUGUUUGAUUUGCAGUUGAGGGAAAAUCAGUUCACCGGUGUGGUUCCGGCUUCUUUGGUUAGCCUACCAAAACUUGUGAACAUUACAUUGCAGAACAAUAAUUUUCAGGGGCCUAUUCCUAAGUUUCGCGAAGGGGUUCAGGUUACACUUGGGACUACUAAUAGCUUUUGUAAGGACACUGCAGGGCCUUGUGAUCGACAAGUCACUGCACUUCUUGAUGUCGCUGGUGCUAUGGGAUAUCCCUUUUCCUUGGCUGAUUCUUGGAAAGGGAAUGAUGCCUGUCAAGAUUGGAAAUUCAUCACUUGCGAUUCACAGAAGAUAAAUGUGAACGGCGUAAACCUUGGAAAGCAAAAGUUUUCUGGUACUAUUUCCCCUGCUUUUAGCAAUCUAACUUCUCUGAGGAACUUGAUUUUGAAUGAUAAUAAUCUUACUGGCUCGAUCCCGAAUGUCUUGACUAGUUUGCCUCAGCUUCAAACUCUUGAUGUGUCUAAUAAUAAUUUGUCUGGUCCAAUACCAGUUUUUCCUGCAACUGUGAAAUUUAUUCAUGAUGGUAAUUUGUUUCUUGGUAAGAAUGUGAGUACUGGUGGGGAAGGAGAGGGUGGGCCAUCAGGACCGGGAUCUGGUUCGCCUAGUGAAACCCCAUCUGGGAGUAAAAAGGGCUCUGCAGUUCCUGCAGGUGUGAUUAUUGGUGUCGUUGUGGCUGUUGUAGUUUUUGUUGGUGUUUUGUUGUUUGUGUCUUACAAAUGCUACGUAAGAAAACGCCUUAAGAGAUUCGGGAAAAUUGAGGGUUCCGAGCAAGGAAAAGUAACGACGAAGAGUAGUGUUACAAACGGUGUGAAUGGUUAUGGUGAAGCGCCAAGUGAGUUACAGAGCCAGGGCAGCAGUGAUCAUAGAGAAAUUCCCGUUUUUGAAGGUGGAAAUGUUGUUAUCUCGAUACGAGUUCUUCAAGAAGUUACUGACAAUUUCAGCGAAGCGAAUGUAUUGGGUAGGGGAGGUUUCGGAGUUGUUUACAAAGGCGAAAUGCAUGAUGGGACUAAAAUUGCAGUAAAGAGAAUGGAAUCUGGACCAAUGGGUACUAAAGGAAUGAAUGAGUUCCAAGCAGAAAUUGCAGUCCUUACUAAAGUUAGACAUAGGCAUUUAGUUGCUCUUUUAGGCUACUGUAUUAAUGGCAAUGAAAGGCUCUUGGUAUACGAGUACAUGCCACAGGGAACUUUGAGCCAGCAUUUGUUCGAGUGGCAGGAACACGGCUGUCAACCACUUACGUGGAAACAAAGGGUAACAAUAGCAUUGGAUGUUGGUCGGGGAGUCGAAUAUCUUCACAGUUUGGCCCAACAAAGUUUCAUCCAUAGAGAUUUGAAACCCUCGAAUAUACUUCUUGGAGAUGACAUGAGAGCUAAGGUUGCUGAUUUUGGAUUAGUUAGAAAUGCCCCCAAUGGAAAUUAUUCCGUUGAGACACGGUUGGCCGGGACAUUUGGUUACCUUGCUCCUGAGUAUGCCGCUACGGGACGAGUAACAACGAAAGUCGAUGUCUAUGCAUUUGGAGUUGUUCUAAUGGAGAUUAUCACUGGUAGGAAAGCUCUGGAUGAUAGCGUGCCAGAUGAAAGGUCUCAUUUGGUCACAUGGUUCCGCAGGGUCCUUAUCAACAGAGACAAUCUUCGAAAGGCUAUUGAUUCGACUCUUGAUCCUGAUGAUGAAACUUACGAGAGCAUUUGCAAGGUUGCUGAGUUGGCAGGACACUGCACUGGCCGUGAGCCAUUCCAGCGACCAGACAUGGGACAUGCCGUUAAUGUAUUAGUUCCGCUUGUCGAGCAAUGGAAACCUUCGGACCAUGAUAACGAGGAAGGUAAUGGAAUUGAUCUUCAUUUGAGCCUUCCACAAGCCCUUCUAAGAUGGCAAUCCGAUGAAGGUACUUCCACAAUGUUGGAUGAUUUCUCGUACAGUCAAACACAUUCGAGCAUACCAGCAAAACCUUCGGGAUUUGGAGAUUCAUUUAGUUCAAUGGAUUGCCGAUGACAAUCAAAAGGAAUUUACAUUUGCAAGAAAGAAGCCAUAGAGGUUAAUCAGGGGUUCAGAUCGUUUUUGAAUCAUUAAAUGAUGUUGCAAAUUGUAUUUAAUUUAUUCUUUUCCAUUUCUCAAUUUCUUUCUUUCUUUCUUGUAAAUCAUUCUAUUGUAAGAAAACUUGAGUUGUCAGGGUUGUUUCUUUUAUUUUAUUGGAUUCUUUUAUGAGAGAUUGAAUUAGAACUUGUGAUCAAGAUGGUUUCACAUCCGAAAUGAAAAGAGAUAUUUGUAGCAAACUCUCUUGCAUUGUUUAUUGGUAGUUUGAAUAUUCAA